CCUAUUCUGUGCUUGUUUCACUAGGUGACAUCCAAGAGGGGAUGCGACAGUUGGAGUCUAUUAAAAACAAACAGCAGGUGUCACUUUGUACAAUGAUGGCUCUGAUUUAUGCCCAUAAAAAGAGCCCUAAGCCAGAUCGAGAUGCUAUUCUAGAAUUGGAUGCAAAACUGAAGGAGCAACGUAAAACAGCAGGACAGCAGGCUCUGUACUUUGCUGGCAUGUUUUUGUGGCAUCUUGGUCGUGAAGACAAAGCCCGUGAAUAUGUUGAUAGAAUGAUAAAAGUUUCUGGUGGUGGUAAAGAGGGGUUGAUUUUGAAAGCAUGGCUUGAUCUCACCUGUGGAAAAGAAACUCACAUUAAAAAACCUCUGAAAUACUUUGAUGAAGCACUGCAGGAAGGCAAUGAUGUUUUUGCUCUGCUUGGAAAAGCACAGUAUUUUGAGGCCCGACAGAAUUUUUCAGGAGCUCUGGAAACUGUGAACCAGAUAAUUGCAAACUUUCCAAACUUCAUUCCGGCUCUCAUAAAGAAAAUGAAGCUACAACUAGCCUUGCAGGACUGGGAGCAGACAGUUGAAACAGCACAUAGACUAUUGCAAAAAGAUGCCCUCAAUUUAGAAGCCAUAAGAAUGGAGGCCCUGCAUUAUCUGUGCAGGGAAGGAAAUAUAUCUGAGGCUUCAGCAAGGCUGAGAGACCUAAUUAAAGCUCUGGACAAAUUAGAACCACAUAAUUCACAGCUCUUCUGUAAAAUGGCUUUAGCUUUCAGUAGAACAUGUGGCCGGGACCAGCUCAUCCUUCAACAUACACAAACCUUAGUUGAAAGAGCAUUUGAUUUGGCAUCUGACAAUGCAGAAUUUGCUACUGAACUCGGCUACCAAAUGAUUUUACAAGGAAAGGUGAAAGAAGCUUUAAAAUGGUACAAGACUGCUAUGAGACUUGAUGAAACAAGUGUUCCUGCACUAACUGGAAUUAUCCGUUGUCAGCUAAUACAAGGACAAUUAGAAGAUGCAGAGCAGCAGCUGGAGUUUCUUAAUGAAAUUCAACAGUCCAUUGGGAAAUCUGGGGAAUUAUCUUUCUUGCGUGCAGUCCUAGCAAUGAAACAACAGAAGAGACAAGAUGAAGUUAUUGCCUUACUGAAUGAUGUUCUGGACACUCACUUUUCAUCUCUGUGUGGUCUUCCUCUUGGUGUGGAAUAUUUUGAAAAACUAAACCCUGAUUUCUUGCUAGAAAUCAUUAGGGAGUAUCUUAAUUUUUGCCCAGCACAGCCUGCAAAUCCUGGGCAGUCUCCUUCACCGCUUCUCAAGCACUGUGCUUCUGUUCUUGAAACUGUGGUAAAAACUGUGCCUGGUCUUCAACAAGCUGUCUUUUUAAUUGCAAAAGUGAAAUACUUGUCAGGGGAUAUUGAAGCAGCCCAUAGCAGUCUACGUUACUGUCUUGAAAGGAAUCCUUCCUAUGCAGAUGCACACUUAUUGAUGGCCCAGGUGUACUUGGCUCAAAACAAUACUAAGCUAUGUUCUCAAUCUUUGGAACUUUGUCUGAGCUACAAUUUUGAGGUGAGAGAACAUCCUGUUUAUCACUUAAUUAAGGCCCAAACACAGAAGAAGAUGGGAGAAUUAUCAGAAGCUAUUAAGACCUUACAGAUGGCAAAGAAUUUGCCUGGAAUGAGAAAACCUACAGCUUCCUCAAAAACUAAAGGGAAAAGAAUUGAAAUUGACACAUGUGAUCGUGUGUCCGUCUUUCUAGAGUUAGUAGAAGUUCACCGUUUGAAUGGAGAACCGCAUGAAGCUGUUAUAAUACUGCAAGAAGCCAUUAAUGAAUUUUCUGGAACUUCUGAGGAACUUAGAGUUGUGAUUGCAAAUGCAGAUCUGGCAAUUGCUCAAGGAGAUGUUGAACAAGCCUUGACUAUGCUCCGAAAUAUUACACCUGAACAGCCUUACUUUGUACAAGCUAAAGAAAAAAUGGCAGAUAUUUAUCUUCAUCAUAGGAAAGAUAAGAGGUUAUAUGCUGGCUGCUACAGAGACCUAGUAGAAAAACUGCCAAGUGCUCACACUUUUCUUCUUUUUGGUGAUGCAUACAUGAAUAUUCAAGAGCCUGACGAAGCCAUAGAAGUCUACGAGCAGGCCUUGAAGAAAAAUCCAAAAGAUCCAGCUUUAGCAAGUAAAAUUGGAAAAGCGCUAAUCAAAACGCAUUACUAUUCCAAGGCAAUCAGUUACUAUGAGGCUGCAUUGAGAAGUGGUCAACAGAAUUUCCUUCGCUAUGACUUGGCUGAGCUUUUAAUGAAACUGAAGCAGUAUGAAAAGGCAGAAAGAGUACUUCAGCAAGCUUUAGAUCAUGAGCCUGUUAAUGAGUUGUCUUCUCUGGUGGAAGAUGUACGUUACCAGGUGCUUCUGGCAAAGAUUUACAGCAAAAUGGAGAAGAUUGAUGAAGCCAUUGUUUCAUUACAACAG